AUGUAACCCUCAUUUAAGUAACGAGCUCCAUGCAAUUUAUAACACUUCCAAUAGGAAAUCAUAAUAGAGAACGAAGUAAGUAUUACAAUACUUACAACAGAUUCCAGAAUUAGACACUUUUGAAGAGUUUUGCAGCAACAUUCCUGAUUAAGACAAUCAAGAUAUCAAUUUCUCUAAGCAAUCACAAACCCAUAACUCAUAGUUAAUUCGUAUAGAUUGCCAAUAAACUCAUGAAUCAAGAUCAUCAGAAUAAUAAUAAUCAAUUGAUUCUCUUGAACAAAAGAGUAAAUCAAAAGGAAAUAGUGUGUAGAGUUAAGAAAAUGAACAAAUAACCUAUUUGCAAUUCGUUGAAUUUAAUCCUCAAAGCAUAAUAUCUGAAUCAACUAAUCAGAGGGCAGAUACAUAUUAGAGUUAAAAAGAUACAAUGCCAGAGCCCCCAGCUCCAUAAAAUAAAAAUACAACUAAAUUCUGCUUUCCAUCCAAAGGAAGUGGGUUAAACAAUUGUAAAUGAUUCUUUAAUAUCAUAUAGUAAAGAAAUAGCUUUGUGUCAAUUAGGAUUUUUAGAAUAACAAUAAUAAUCAAAGUAAUUCUGAAUAGACAGUCUUAAAAAAUCAAACUAUCUCAGAAAAUAAGAAUAAUAUCGAAGAAGAUUUAAGAAAACAAAUGGUUUAGAUAAACAAAGAAAAAACUUAGAUGUAAUUACAAUAUUCGCAGCAAAUAAAAUAGUUAAUUGAACAAAAUUAAUUAUUAGAAUAAUAACUAAUUGAAUAAAAGUAAUAUACUCAAAUAUUGAAUUCUGAUAAAUUUAUUUUGUAAUCCAAAAUAGAUGUUUUAUCAAAAAGACAGAGCGGAGACAAAAACACUUUGGCAGAAACCUGUAAUUUUAUAGAGCAAACAAAGUUGUCCAAUAAUGAAAAGAUUUAAUAUUUAAUUGAGAAAUUAAAUUAGAAGUGUCAACAAAAUGCUCGUCUACAAUAUGAGAUAAUAUUAUUAUAAAAUAACGUACGUAUCCUCAUUGAUCAUUAGGUUGAAUUAUUAGAGACUUCAAAGAUUUUGUAAUUGACAAAUAAUAAUGUCUUUGCUAUGGAUCCAGAUAAAAUUACUCAUCAAAAUCAAUCUCCCCAACCUCAAUCAGAGAAUAGAGCAUAAUCCUAAAGCAAAGAUAGUCGAACAAGUUUAUUGACUCAUUAGAAGUAACCUUUAAAUAUAACCAUUAAUUACCCAAAUGAAGCCAAAAACAUAGUGAAUUUGUAACAAUUAAAUUUAAUAUAGAUCUGCUAUGAUAUCUCCAUUGUCCAAAUGUGCAUAGAUAAUUUAACAAAAGUUAAUAAAUUAGAAAAUUUCAAAAAAUGCUCAGCAAUUUCAAGAAGAUAUUCACUCCUAAAAAAUACAGUACAAAUCCUUAAUAUUAGAAAGCACUAAAAAUUCUACCUCUGUAGGCGAACUGAUGUCCAUGAAGUCUGAUACCAUCAAUUAUUCUAAUAUAAUCAAUAGAAUUCUUAGAAAAGAAUCAUAUUCUAUAUCAUCUCCUGAUGGCAGAGCUACUCAAAAAUUCAAAUAAGCUUUAAAUGAAAAAUUAAACAAUCUUCAACAAGACAGUUCAAAAUCAUAUGGAAGUUUACUAUUCUCAUAAGGGGAGCAACGACUCAAAGAAGCAAAUAGUUGUUUCAGAUAAAUAUCUCCUAAGAGAGAGAAAAAAAAGUCUAAAUAGUAAAUAUCUACAAAUAACAUAGACUUUUCGGUUUUAUGAAUUAAUAAAAUUCAAGGAAGUAAUCAGAUUUACUCAAUUCAGAAGAAUCUCAUCGUUCUGAUUUAGGAAGGAGAUCUGAAAAGUAUGUAAACGUAAUUUAAUCCAGAAAAAAUGGUAUGGAUCCAAACACUGAAAUCAUAUAAAUAAUGAAGGAAAUGCAACAUAAGAAAUCAGAUAGUAAUAUAAUUUUAUAUUCAAAUUUAUUAGUCUCGAAAAAUAUUAAAUAGCAAAAUCCUAGUACACUUUUUAUACGACCUAUGGUUACAGAUAUAAAAGAAGCAUAAAGUAGUCGUUAAUAAAAAUCUUGA